AUGUUGAAAAUAAUUGUAAUCUACUGUUUUCUUAUCAUUUCGCUUGACGGAGCGUUGUCGACUAUUAUUGAAUGCAAUUUUAAUACUUUUAAUAAUUACAAUACUGUUGGUCCAAUAUAUAAAUGCGAAGUCGAGAACAAUCCAAACAUCUUAACACAAGAAUCAGCACAGAUAAGUGAAAUUAACGGAACACAUACAAUUUCAAAAAAUAAUGAUUAUGUGUUUGGAUUUAAAGCUAAUUUCAAAACAAUCCAGGUCUUCCCAAUCGGUAUAGAAAAGUUUUUCAAAAAUCUUAAAUUGAUUAUUAUUUUUUCUUGUCAAUUAAAAGAAAUUCAUCAGUCAGAUUUGAAAGUGUUUCCUGAUUUGAUUACAUUUUCCCUUGCUUCUAAUAAAAUUGAGGUGAUUGAGGAAGGAUUAUUUGAUUUUAACCCUAAUUUAGAGUUUGUAGCAUUUUAUGAAACUGAAAUCAUUCACAUUGAUCCAAAUGUUUUUGAUCAUUUAACCAAAUUAAGUCAUAUUCGAUCUUUUGCUUCAUGUUUUUAUCAAGAUAUUUUCGGUUCUGAAGGAAAAGUCCAAUCAAACAUAAAAAUUGUCAAAUCGAAUUGCACAAAUUCAGAAUUUCUGAAUAUUUCCAAAAAGGUAAAAAACCUCGAAAUCAAAUCCAAAACUAUAACCUUAGAAGCACUUAGCAUAAAACUUGAUAAAUUAGAAAAGGGCUUCAAUUUUUCAAAGUUUUUGAAAUUUCGACCAAUUAGCUUAGUUUACCAAAAUCUCAAGCAGACUGUCCGCUGCCAUCUUUCGAAUGUUCAAUUAAUUUCUAAUGUCAGUAAAGUGGUGAAGUUGAUGCAAAAUACACACGCAGAAUCUCAAACUAAGACUUACUCGAUUUUGUCAAGAAUUGAUUCUCAUCUUGCUAAGCAUGACACUAAAUUUGACCAAAUUCAAAAUUCUCAUAAUCAACUGCAAGACAAUAUGUUCAGCACCUAUAGAAACAUGAUCACUAAGAUUAGCCAGCCUACAAACUUACAAAAUGAAAUAAAAAGUUCAAUUAGUCGAGUUGAAUUUAAAGUCAAUGAACUCAGUUCGUCCCAUAAAGAUGCAGUAAUAAGUCAAACCCAAAAACUCAACGAACUUAAAAUCUCACAAAAUGACGUUAAAAAUGUUCAAUUUAACCUCAAAACAACCCUAGAAUCCGUUAAAACCUCUCUAAUUGAAUCUCAAGAAACAUCCUUUAGCAAUCUAACCUCAAAUUUCAAUGAACUCAAAAAGAAUAUAAAAUCUAUUCAAGAUGAGACAAGACUUUCGAUUAGUGACAUUGAGGUUAAGCUCAGUGACCACGUGGUCUUUCAAAAUUAUAUUAAAGAGUCUAUCAAUAAAAUUGCAGAAGUUGGCGAUACGUUGGCAGGAUUUGGUGAGAAAUUGAGAAACUUUGAUGGGAAAUUUGAGGAGCUUGAAGGAAAGUUUGAAACUUUUGAGAGUAUUCAAGAAAAAACUUCAAAAAAACUCGACCAAAUUGAGCAAGAAUUAACGAGCAAGUUUCAAGACAUGUCAACAGAUUUUAAUGAAAAGGUUAAAGGAAUCGAAAAGCGAAUGAUGAAGAAAUUUGAGGACCUUUUGGAGCAAAAAUUGGAAAAGUUCUUUACGCAGAAAUUUGGAUUUUAAUGUUUUAAAUUUUUUUUUAUCUUUUAAAAUUAUUAAAUAUUGAAAAUUUUUG